AGUCAGUGAAAUCGUAGAUAAGUGGUUAGCUGGUGGACAUCCAUUUUCUUUGUGACCGUUCUGCGUUGACCGACUGUUGUUUCCAAUUUUCUUAUUAAUUGUAUUUUUGUCUCAUAAGUUAUAUUUAAUUGUAUGUGUGUUGUGUAUUGCCGCUGAUUUAUUAUUAUUCCAUGCUACAAUAAUUAUCAGUCAUGGAUACUGAACUUUCUAAGUUGACUGUCGUUAAACUUCGAAAUGAAUUAUCAGCGCGUGGGUUAGAUACUAAAGGAGUUAAAGCUGUUUUAGUUGAGAGACUAAAAGAAGCUUUGGAAGAAGAGAAAGGCCAAGAAAGUCAAAACACCACAGUAAAUACCACUGGCAAUCUUGAAGAGUCGCAGUAUGAUGAAGAAGAAGCUGUAGAUGAGAACAACAAGGAGCAAUCCGAUGUUGCACAAAGCAAACAGCAACAAGAACAUGAAAUCCAAGAAGAAGACUCCGAGGAAAGGGGCGGAGGAGAGGAGGAUUUCAGCCAAGAUCAGCAAUACUCCGAGGAGCAGAGUCAAGAGCCCAUGGAACAGGAAGAUGUCAAACCAGAUGUGUCCGAGAUCAAUCAAGACAAACAUGGCUAUGAAGCUGAUCAUGAGGUUUCAAUCAAACAAGAACCAGAUGUUGAUGACGAGUCUAGUAAGCAGGAUGAUGGCAAACAAGGCUUCGAAGCAGAUGUCAAACAAGAAGAUGCUGCUGAGUCGCAGAAUGAUGUCAAAGAAGAAAAACAAGAGCAAAGGUCCAGAAAAAGGAAACGCUCAGAAAGCCCUGAAAGAGAUCAGAAGAGGAGUGCCAAUGCAGCAACGCCUCCUGCUAUUCCCAGGGCUCAGAGGGAGAUGGAGCCCGAAUAUGAUGUUAAUGCAGUGCUGUUGAGUUGGUACGACUCAGAUUUGAACUUUGUUAUCGAGAAGGACAACUUCACGAAAGGUUCGAGCAUGUACAAAGAGGGCUUGGAUGGAUUCGAGUACAUUUGGGCCGGCACUAGGGCAACUUACGGUUUCACUUCUGGCAAAGUCUGCUUCGAAACCAAGAUCACCGAAUAUUUGAAAGUGACAAUAGAAGAUGAACCAAAUCCGAAUGUUUUGAGGAUUGGAUGGUCUGUCGCCUCAACGUCGAUGCAGCUCGGUGAAGAUCCAUUAUCGUAUGGUUAUGGUGGGACUGGCAAGAUAUCGACAAACUGUAGCUUCAAGGACUAUGGUACACCGUUCGUUGCGGGCGAUGUUGUAACUGCUUACUUGGACUUUGAAACCUACCCUGGAAAAUUUGACAUCUCGUUCGCGGUCAACGGAAAUCAUAUGAAAACUGCCUAUCGAGUAGAUAGCAGCGUGCUGGAAGGAAAGGCUCUGAUUCCACACUUCCUCUCCAAGAAUGUUGCUUUCGAGGUGAACUUCGGCCAGCUGGAAGAACCGUGGUUCCCAAAACCGGAAGACUUCACCUGGGCUGCUCAAGUUCCUCUUGAAAGCCGAGUUAUGGGACCUGCGCGUCCAGAAAAGAAGAGUGAUUGUGAGGCGAUCAUGAUGUGUGGUCUGCCUGGCUGUGGAAAGACGGUGUGGGCCACCGAAUAUGCUGCUAAAAAUCCGGACAAGUACUACAACAUUUUGGGUACCAACAAUCUCAUUGAUAAAAUGAAGGUGAUGGGCCUUCCCCGAAAACGCAACUAUGCUGGUCGCUGGGACGUUCUCAUUGACAAGUCAAUGAAAUGUCUGAACAAACUACUGCAAGAAGCCAGCCUACGUCGCAGAAACUACAUCAUCGACCAGACGAAUGUUUAUCCGAGCGCGCAAAAGCGCAAAAUGAAGAGUUUUGAAGGCUUCAAUCGUCGCGCUGUUGUCAUUAUCCCGACUGACGAGGAAUUCAAGCGCAGAGUAGCUAAGCGAGAGGCUGAAGAAGGAAAAGAUGUGCCUGACUCUGCUGUACUAGAGAUGAAAGCCAACUUUCGGUUGCCGGAGAAGGGGGAGAUUUUCAAGGAGGUGGAGUAUGUGGAGCUGCAGGAGGUGGAUGCGCAGAAGCUGGUAGACCGAUACAACAAGGAGGGUCGCGACGCCGGUUACGGCCCGCCGCAGAACCAGUUCAAGCGGUUCAAGCCCAACGACCGAUCGCCGUUCAGGGGCGGCAGUACUCCCAUGGGAGGCGGCGGCGAUAGAGGCAGUGGAUUCAGAGGAGGUCGCAGAGGAUUUGAGCCGCGCAGAGAUUCGCGCUUCUCGAACGGCAAGCCCCCCCCAUUCCGGCCCGGCGGUCCGCCCCCUGGCGGCAUGAUGCGCGACAGGCCGAGGCCUCCUCCGUCCGGGGGUGGCUGGCAAGGCGGUCGCGGAGGCGGCGGCGAUAGAGGCAGAGAAGGCGGUUGGGGACGAGACCGCAGGUGGGACGGUAACCAUGGCAUGGACCGCGGAGGCUUUAGAGGCGGACGAGGCAGCGAACGCGGCAGUAUGGGCGGCUGGAGAGGCGGUGGUGGCGGAGGCGGUCGUGGAGGCGGCAACCGCGACUCGUACGGUGGCGACCGACGCGGCCCACCGGCCCAGGGGGCGGGAUACGACCGCAACAGGGGCGGACCACCGCCUCCACCCCCGCACCAGAUGAACCAACGCAAUCAGCGCGACAUGAAACCUCCAAUGAACAAGCCUGGCGGAGGGGCGGCUCCUCCUCCGCAACAGCAGCAGCAGCAGGGGGCGGCGGCUGCCCAGGGGGGCCAAUGGGGCGGCUACCAAUCGCAGGCGAUGGGCGGCCAGGCCAACAACUGGGCCGGCUGGAACCAACAGCAACAACAGCCGCAACAACAGAACUACAACCAGGGCUGGAAUCAGAACUACCAACAGCAACAAGCUUAUGGACAAGGCUAUGGUCAACAGGCGCAGGCACAGCAGCAACAAGGCUAUAACCAGGGCUACAACAGCGGCAAUAAUCCCUAUGGAAAUUGGCAGCAACAGUACUACAACCAACAGCAGUAUGGUCAAGGAUGGUCUCAGGGUUGGCAGGGAUAUGGCUACGGUGGUUACGGCAACACUGCAGCCGUGGGCACUCAGCAGGCACCCGCUGCCCCCGCCCCCACCAAGUAAACAUUCCGUACCUGACCUUGCCUGCUAACUAGACCAUUUCAAUUCGAAAUAGUACAAAAUUGUGUAACUCGACCUGUUCACAGUAGUGUAGCAAGUUCAGAAUUCUAUCAUCGACAAACAUUUGAACUAGAAUAGUGAGUCAAAUAAGUAAACUGUGAACCACUAUAUUUAGUGUUGUACAUUUUUACCAUCAAAGAUAAUUUACAAGGUUUAAGUGAAUGAAUCAUAUUAUAUUGAUAUUAUUGACAUCUAUUGUUUUUCAGACGUAAUAAUGAUUAUUUAAAAGUAUAUUUUUAAAUAUUUAUGAUUUGUAACUAUUUUGAGUAAUAGUUUUCAUUUUUUAUAUAAAUUGACUAAGCUUGCAGUUUUUUAAGAUAGCAUAAGUUGUAUACUUAUCACAUGUAAGUCGUAGUUUUAUCACUGCAGUGAUAGAAAUAUUAUUUUGUAAGAUAAGAUGAGCAAUAUCUCAUGCUCGAUUAUGUUCAUUUGCUGGAUGUAACUUAGAUGUUUUUCAAAUGUUGAUUGCCUGCAAUGGAAUAAACAAGUUCUAUCAGUGA